AUGGGCACCAAGAGAGGUUCUGCCCCCAAAAGGCAGUGUGAACCCAGCAUCUGGGCGCUGUCCUACGGCGAGGCAGAGGGCAAGCUGAGACACGCUGAGAAAUGCAACAGCCUCAGUAGUAGUAGUGGGAGUAGUUGUUGUAGUGGGAGUGUUACUCUGUCCCCUGCCCCUGGAGGACCCCCCUCUGCCCUCAGCGACCCCCAGGAACAGCCACCGAGCCUGGGCAGGGACACACCCUACAUGACCCUGCCGUACCCCCACCCUGACCCCUACUCCUCCAGCUGCCGGUCCACUCUGGCCUGGCAGCACGGAGGAGUCCGGAGUGCCGCUUCCCGCUGGACACCGACCUGCGUCUGCUGGGCACGUCAGACUGUGGCAAUAGCGGCUGUGACUUGUACGGAGAGAGAGCCUACUGUCUGUGCUGCCCAGGCCCUCUGCUGGACAAAUACGUCCACCAUCAGCAGCAUCAGCACCAUCAACACAACCGCCUGUACUCUCAACACUCUGCCCCCCUGCUCGAGCCACACAACCACCACACACACACCCACCUCUGCCCUCUAUGGCUGUCACCAGAACCUGGCACGGGGCCACAGCUUCCCCCACGACGAGCCCCCUGAAGCACCUUCUGUACCCCCUCCCCUCCAGCACCAGGCCGUAGGCGCCCGCUCCAGCUGCCCUGGAGACUACCCCUCUGUGUCCCAGUCCGGCCCCUACCCUCCUGGCUCCCCUCUGGGCCGCUGCCUGACCAACACGUGGCUGGAGACGCUGUCAGACUCCCGGCCUUACGAACGCACCGCGCUGCCUCCCAGGAUAGCCUUCUCCUGGGAUCCCUACUGCAGCCAACCCCCUCAGUCCCGCUGUGAGACCUACCAGUCUACCAAAGACCCACGAUGUAGGCUGGGGACACACAUCUCCAUGCGGACAGACCACACACUCCUACCACCCCCCUCACCCACCCUACUCCUCUCAGACCCCUCACCCAUCCCAUGCCCUUCAGCCAUCCUGCCCGUCCAUGCCCCCCCACCACAUGCACCAGGAGCCCCCCGCCCUGAGCCGGUACGGGGAAAGGUCUACCUCAUCCUGUGUAACAUCUUCCCCUCCGAGCUGGUGGGCCGGGUUAUGGGGAGGAACCCCGAUGUGACAGACGCCCAGCAGCUAGCUGCCGCCAUCCUAGCUGAGAAGUCCCAGUCCGGCUACUGAGUUCAGCUAGCCUACUGCUCUAUCUCCCUAUUCAUAACAACAGUUAGUUGUAGUUUUGACAAUAUAAGGGUUUGAAUUUGUUUGACUGUACAUUUGUUUGUGGAUAACUUGGUGUUAAUCAUGUGCAGGUGAUGAUGUGCAUUGAUUCACAAAUCACUUUUCCUCUGCUGUUUAUCAAAUCUGGGAAAAAAAUUAAAUUACUUUGGAAAUCUAAUCUGAGGGAUCUGAUUAUGCCUAAUCUUACUUCUAUGCUAUAUUUUUUUACUCCAUUUGUAAAUAUUCACCCCCAAAUUGAUGACCAUUUAUCAACAGAAUAUUGGUUGUUGGGGAUAUGCUAUAUCUGUAUGUUUUCUGUUUUUCAGUGCUGUGUGUUGUUGUGAUUAGGUGGCUGAGUAAGUCUUCUCAGUUGAGAGAAUGUCUGUAAGUACCUUGCAGUAGUUGUAGAGACGGGCACGUUCGUCGACCUUGUCUAUCUUAGUUUUAUUAAGGGACGUCUCUGGCCCCUCGUUUUGGCUCCAAGCCUGCUGCAGACACAGUAGACUCGAGCUCAAAUCCCAAGUCAAUUCCCUUUGGCUGUUUUCCCUGAAGACCUAUCCAAAGGGCUCAGAGCACUUGGCUUGAUGUUGACAAUCUGUUACAGUUACCGGCACAAUUCCUGGUAGACAGAGAAAGCCUUUCUUUGUAUCGUUAAUUUAGGAUUAUAUACCUGUACGUGUUUAAACAAUUCAUGAAAAGCUGUUUAUAUAUAGCUGGUGCAUUUUGAAUAAUAAUACUGUACGAGAUAUUCCGGGCAACAUAUGAUUAUUUUUAGAAAUGUUUAGGAAUAUUAAUCAAAUUAGAUACAUGAAAAAGGUGAGUUGGCUACCUCUUUCGUGAGUUAUUCUGACUUUUUUGGGAUGGAGAAUAGCCUAGGCUGGGUUGAACCCAAGUGGCCAGCUAGGUGAAAUUAAAUGGGUAAACUGCUGCCUGAAAUCUGCAGUGGGUUGGUUG